AUGUUUGCUGAAGUUGAAAACACUCCUGCUGCUAGUUUCAUUAAUGCUGAGGUUGCCGAGGAACACGUGGCACCUAAAUCAAAAUUUCCAUUUGCAUUUGAAGAGGUUGGAAUAUCCGAUGAUGAAGAAGAGGUUCAAGAAAAGGAUAUGACUGAGAAUGAGCUUGAAGAUUUUCUUCAAAGUAUAUCAUUCCCUGAAGAGGAUUUUGCUGUCAUACCUUCUGCUGUGAUUGAAAGAGAUCGUGAUUCAACUGUGCAAUUUUAUUCACCUACCCCUGAACAGAUGGAUGCUCUUAUUACUGAACUUCAGCGAACUGCGAGGAAGCCUCCCCAAACAAUUCCUGUUACAACUGAACCUCCAUCUGAGAGUGAUCAAGAAGAUUCAUCUCACGUUCUACUCCCGAGGAAAAGAAAUGGAAGAGAUCCAAGACCUGGAGUACUUAUCAUAGACCCUGUUCAAAAUGUAUCUACUCUGAUUGAACCUAGUUCUGUGGCCCAAAAUAUUGAAAGCACAUUCACUGACUCCUCUCCAGUGAUGCAAUAG